AUGGCUUCCAGUGGGGCAGGCGUUACCGCUGCGGGCUCAGCAAAUGAAGCUCCCGAAAUUCCAGACAACGUGGGGGACUGGCUUCGGGGCGUCUACCGCUUCGCCACCGACAGGAAUGACUUCCGGAGGAACUUGAUUCUCAAUUUGGGACUCUUUGCUGCUGGAGUUUGGUUGGCCAGAAAUUUGAGUGACAUUGACCUAAUGGCACCUCAGCCUGGGGUCUAG